CCAGCUGCCCAUCAGCAAAGAGUGAAAGGUCAAUGGAACAUCCCCUGCACCUCAGAGGAGACAUUUCUGACAAUCAAAGAAGUCAGCUGCAUAGAGCAGACUCACCUGUACACAGGUGUCUGUCUGUUGAGAGCGAUCGAUCAAUGGAACCACCGUUCCACUUUGGAGGAGGAACUUUUCCUUCCAGUGAAAGAGUCCAAUUGGAGAGAUCAGAGUCAGUAAUGCCCAGCAGUCGGUCUGCCCAGAGUCACCAGAUGAAACUAUCAUCCAUCUUCAAGCUGCUUGAAGACAUGCUUAUCCAGCUGGUGCAGGACAAGCUGAAAAAGCUCCAGGGUGAUCUGAGUCAGGAUUACCCAGAAUGCUUUGAGAGUCAGCUGGAGGAUCCUGAUGUCCUGGAUGAAGUCUACAGGAUGCUGGAGGGCUGUGUCAGAGAGGGGGCUGUGAAGGUCAUAGUGCACAUCCUGAGGAACAUGAACCACAAGGAUGCUGCUGACACACUGGAGAAAAAUCUACUCCUGAGAAAGUGCCAGUAUAAUCUCAAAUGCAUUCUGAAGCAGAAGUUUGAACAUGUUUUUGAAGGGAUUGCCAAGCAGGGAAGUGCUACAGAUCUCAAAAAGAUCUACACAGAGCUCUACAUAACAGAGGGUGGAAGUGGAGAUGUCAACAAUGAACACGAAGUGAGACAGAUUGAGAUGACAUCCAAGAAAUCAUUCAUACAGAAGACUGCAAUCAAAUGCAAUGACAUCUUUAAACCCUUACCUGGCCAAGAAAAACACAUCAGAACUGUGCUGACAAAGGGGAUUGCUGGCAUUGGAAAAACAGUUUCGGUGCAGAAGUUCAUUCUUGACUGGGCAGAAGGAAAAGCCAAUCAGGAUGUUGAUUUCAUAUUUCCUCUACCUUUUCGAGAGCUGAAUUUAAUGAAGGAUGACGAAUGUAGUUUCAUUCAACUGCUUCACCACUUCUUCCCAGAAAUCAAAGACUUUAAAUCAAAUACGAUUCAUCACUGCAAACUCUUGUUCAUCUUUGAUGGUCUGGAUGAGUGUCGACUUCCCUUAGAUUUUGUGAAAAAUAAGAGCUGGUAUGAUGUCACAGAGCCAACAUCAGUGGACGUGCUGCUGACAAACCUCAUUCAGAGGAAUCUGCUUCCCUCUGCUCUCCUCUGGAUCACCACCCGACCAGCAGCAGCCAAUCAGAUCCCUCCUGAGUGUGUCCACCAGGUGACAGAGGUACGAGGGUUUAAUGAUCCACAGAAGGAGGAGUACUUCAUGAAGAGAUUCAGUGAUCAGAACCUGGCCAGCAGAAUUAUCUCACACAUAAAGUCAUCAAGGAGCCUCUACAUCAUGUGUCACAUACCAGUCUUCUGUUGGCUUGCAGCCACUGUUCUUGAACAAAUGAUGGGUGAGACAGACAGUGGAGAAAUCCCUAAGACUCUGACUGAAAUGUACACACACUUCCUGCUCAUUCAGAUGAACAUAAAGAACCGGAAGUAUGCCAAAGAUCAAGAGGCAGAUCGACACAGCCUGUUAAUGUCAGACAAAGAAGUCAUUCUGAAACUGGGAAAGCUGGCUUUCCACAACCUAGAGAAGGGAAAUCUCAUCUUCUAUGAAGAAGACCUGAGAGAGUUUGCUAUAGACACCAGUAAAACUUCACUGUUCUCUGGAGUUUGCACAAAAAUCUUCAAAGAGGAGUUUGGGCUGUAUCAGGGGAAAGUGUACUGCUUUGUGCAUCUGAGUGUUCAGGAGUAUCUUGCUGCUCUGUAUGUGUUUCUCUCAUACAGAAACCAGAACAUAAAUGUACUGAAAAAAAACCAAACCCUCAGCAACAAAUUCAGUGGCAUAAUCAAGGAACGAAUGUCUGACCUCCUCAUGGGUGCAGUGGAUCAGGCCUUACAGAGUGAGAAUGGACACCUGGACCUUUUCCUCCGCUUCCUUCUUGGCCUCUCACUGGACUCCAGUCAGAUUCUGUUACAAGGCCUGCUGACACAGACAAGAAGCAGCUCACAGAGCGUUGAGAAAACAGUCCAGUACAUUAAAGAGAAGAUCAGGGAGAAUCUCUCUCCAGAGAGGACCAUCAAUCUGUUCCACUGUCUGAAUGAACUGAAUGACCAUUCUCUAGUGGAAGAAAUCCAAAGUUACCUGAGCUCAGGAAGUCUUUCAAGAGAAGACCUCUCACCUGCACAGUGGUCAGCUCUGGUCUUUGUGUUACUGACAUCAGAAGAGGAGCUGGAUGUAUUUGACUUGAAGAAAUACAUCAUAUCAGAUGAAGGUCUUCUCAGGCUGCUGCCAGUGGUGAAGGCCUCUGGAACAGCUCUGCUGAACAGCUGUAACCUCAGUAAGGAAUGCUGUGAAGUGCUGGCCUCAGCUAUCAGCUCAAACUCCUCCAGUCUGAGAGAGCUGGACCUGAGUGACAAUGACCUGCAGGAUUCAGGAGUGGAGCUGCUCUCUGCUGGACUGAGGAAUCCACACUGUAAACUGGAGACACUGAGGCUGUCACUGUGUGGAGUCACAGAGAGAGGCUGUGUUUCUUUGGCUUCAGCUCUUAAUUCAAACCCCUCACACCUGAAAGAGCUGGAUCUGAGCUACAAUCACCCAGGAGACUCAGGAGUGAGAGCGCUCUCUGCUAGACUGGAGGACCCCAAGUGUAAACUGCAGAAACUGAGGUGAAAUAUCAAUCCACUACAUCACCAGGGUUGGGGUCUGUAUGCCUGCCAGCUCACACUGGAUCCCAACACAGCACACAGAAACCUGUCUCUGUCUGAGGGGGACAGGAGGGCGACAUGGGGGAGAAAGGAGCAGCCAUAUUCUGACCAUCCAGAGAGAUUUGAUCACUGGAAUCAGGUGGUGUGCAGAGAGGGUCUGUCUGGGCGCUGCUACUGGGAGGCUGAGUGGAGUGGGAGUUACACUCGUAUAGGAGCGGCAUAUAAAGGAAUCAGCAGGAAAGGAGAGGACAGUCUACUUGGAUACAAUGACAAGUCCUGGUGUUUGAUCUGCAGCAGUGACAGUCACUCUGCCUGGCACAAUAAAGAGUACACUCCCAUACCUGCCCCUCCUUCCCCCUCCCACAGAGUAGGAGUAUAUCUGGACUGGCCGGCCGGCACUCUGUCCUUCUACAGCGUCUCCUCUGACACACUGACCCUCCUGCACACAUUCCACACCACAUUCACUGAGCCCCUCUAUCCUGGGUUUAGGGUUGACUCGGUCUUCUCAGUGUCCCUGUGCCAGCUGGAAUAG